CGUGCAGCGUCAAUUAUGACAAAACUGUGCUUGUUUUUUUGUAAACAUCAUGGCAAAUAGAAUCUGCAAUCACAGUUUGAUAUGAUAGUCUUUUGAGAUUUUAGCUUUUACGUUUUCAUCUGAGCAUCUGAUGCACUGUUGUCCUUGUUCAUCAGUUUCACUGGGAAGAUAGCUUUUGGCUAAUGCUGUCGCCUCCGACCUUGGAAGUAGCGUGGAUAACGAAUCCGAUGCAACCGUGUCAGUGGUCGGCACUCUUCCUCUGGAAAUCACGAGGAUGACGUAUGGCCUCUCAAACUACAGUUAGCUGUGGUAGUUAUAGUGUAACGUAAUGGUCUUGUAAGGCUGUAAGGUUAUAUUGCAAUUACAGCGAUAACCUGCAUAGGUUUCCAUAAUAUGAAAUAGUAGCAGUUGCAGUUGUGAAGACACUUGUGUAAAUAUAGCCUACAUUAUUGGCAAGAUAGCAACUUAGCAGCUAGCGCAACUGUGUUCAUCAGGGAGGUAGCCAGCAUGCUAGUAGCUAGCUAGGACAUCUGGAUAGACCCUACCUACUGACGAUGGGAAAUACCAGAUAUUGGUUGCUAGAUAUGUUUCUCUUGCAAAAUGUGUAGUGAGCGUCUGAACUGACAGCUUAUCGGGCUGGUAUUUUUAGGGACAUGCAUUUUCCUGACUUCUAAAUACUGUGCGAUGAUGUUAGUAUGAGAGGGCUCAGCUGUUCGCAUUGAAUUGUUUGUUGUGGUGUCCCGUUGCAGUCUUAUAUGAGCUAACGUUAGCUAGCCUGAUUGAGAGGUCGUGGUCACUUCAGAGCUAGCAGCUUGUUAGCAAAUGCGACUUUAGUGGGCUAAUUGUUCAAAGAAAGCCUCUUAGCAGUAUGUCCAGGGUUGGUAGAAAUACGAAUUCUUGCAAAUGAAAAAUAAACAUAGUGAUGAAUGGAUGGACUGAUUGGCUUGCCUAGCUAGCUGGGGAUGCAUGUCAAGAGAAACCCCCGGCUUGUUUGUCUUGUUUAUCUGGACUUGGAAGCUGCACCUCGUCCUUUGCGGAGCGAAUUGCAUACCCAGCAUUGUUUAAUUCGAGUGGCGUUUUAUAACAGGUUAGGUUUUGCAUUUUAAAGGGAAUGAUAGUGUAUGCUCAUCCACCAAUAGAUCCACAUUAUCUAGGUAUAAGAGCAGCAGGACCAGUUAUGUAACGUGGGUGCUUGGCUCGUUUUCUAUGUGAAGACUGACUAAGACAUCUAUUUAUAUUGUAGGGUGAUUGAAGAAUGCCUUUCUGAUAACUUGAAAAUUAUCCUGAUUAAAGAAACAGGGACACGUACAUUAGUACGCGGUACUAAGUGCCAAAAAGAGUCGAACCACUGACAUACGUUGCGUGAUUCCGAUUGCGUUGUGUUGUCCAUCCGCACUGUCUAAUUAUUAAAUGCAUACAAAUUGUAGCACGUGGUAAAUAAAACAUUGCGGAAAUGAUCACCCACUGACCCGUCUCUACAGCCUGGAAAGCGGACUCGUGUCUAACAGCCUGCAGCCAUGAGUGUCCGACCCCCGACCUCAACUCUAGACAGGCUGAGCAGCUUAACCAUCGGGGACUCGGAGCGCAAGGCCUCCUCGGCUGGCCAACAGAAGGACCCCCUGCCGGACAUCACCAUAGAGGGAACAGGUGCUGGACUGGUGCAGAGAUGUGUGGUGGUCCAGAAGGAUCAGUUGGGUUUUGGCUUCACUGUAUGUGGAGAGAGGAUCAAACUGGUCCAAAAUGUCAGGCCAGGUGGUGCCGCAGUGAAGGCCGGCGUGCAUGAAGGGGACCGGAUCAUCAAGGUCAAUGGCUCACUCGUCUCGUCCAUGUCCCACCAAGAGGUGGUGAAGCUCAUCAAAUCUGGGACGUAUGUGGCUCUGACCCUGCAGGGUCCGGCUCCCUCGGCAGCAGCUGUUCCGCUCCAGCCCCUCUGCACCGACCUCCUGCCCAAUCACAGGACAGCGUCGCCCCCUCCGGCACCGCCCCUUCCCCCCACCACACCAGGCAGCUCCUCGCACAGAAUCACCGGACCCAAACCACUUCAGGACCCAGAGGUGCGGAAGCACGCCUCGGAGAUCCUCAGGAAGAUGCUGGAACAGGAGGAGGCAGAGCUUCAGGAGCUGCUGGAGGAGUUGUCGCGAAAUCCCACCCCCUCGUUGGAGGAUCGAGUAGAGAGCGCAAAGAGGCGGGCCAAUCAACUCCGGGUCAAACUUCAGCAAGAUCUGGAUGGGAAGCGAUCUGAAUCAGUUACAAGCUAUUUAAUGGCAGGAGAAGGGCGACUGUCGGUGGAGUCCAGUGAAGGAGACUUCGAGGUGUGUGAGAGCCCCCACUCCUCCCCCUCCUCCUCCUCCCUCCGGAUCCCCCUGCACCGCAGACAAGGCUCCGACACACACAGCACCCCUGAGCCGGGUGGGAAGGCCCAGAUCAUUGGCCCAGAGGAGGAAGAGGAGGAUGAGGAUGGGUACACUUUCAACGAGGUGGAUGGCCCUUUCCAGGAUCUGGAGUUGUUGAAAUCUCGUCCGGCUCACAUGACGGUCUUCAUGCGAUACGUCUUCAGCCAGCUACUUGAUCCCAACCCGCUACUGUUCUACCUGUCUGUGGAGGCGUACCUGGGCUCCAGCACGAAGGACGCUCGCAAUCUGGCCCCUCAGAUCUGCUCCCACUUCCUGGAUCGUGACGCCCCGCUCAGAAUAAAAGUGAGAGAGGAGUUCCUGUCAGAUAUUGAGAGCCGGCUGCAGGCGCAAGAGGACAUCAGAGGGCCGCUCUCUGAGCUCCAGCAACAAGUCCUGCCUGACAUCCAGGACCAGAUCCAGGACUACAGGAGUAAGCAGAUGAUGGGACUGGGGUCUCUGUUUGGGGAGAGUGACCUGCAGCAGCUGGACGGAGACCCGGCCAAGGAGAGGCAGGUGGUGGACCGGCAGGUGACCGCCCUCUGGGAGAUCCUCUCAAAGCACGAGGAGGACAGAAGUUCUCCUCUGGCAUCUGCGGUGCUGCUCUACCUGAGACAUUCGGGCAUUAAGCUGCGGGACUCGCGGGUCUUCCCUGGCCUCAUCUCCGAGAAAGAGAAGUGGCUCCCCUUCUUCCCCAAGGCUAAGAGGUUAAGUAGUGGCAAGAAGGAUGGAGAGGACAAGAAGAGAAACCCCAUCCUGAAGUACAUUGGCAAACCCAGGAGCACGUCCCAGUCCACGUUCCAUGUCCCAUUGUCCCCCACAGAAGUCCGUCCAGGUAACGUGCGGAACAUCAUCCAGCAGUUUGAGAACCACACGGAGAGUGUUGGGGAGGAGGGGGUAGACGCCGAGGGCCAGCGGCUCUCCACCAGCAGCCUUGGAGAGGAGAGCAUGGACAGCCCGACGGUCUCUGUGCGUCUGGCUCGCAGUGAGUCUCUGAAGGCCCAAGGGGAGGGGCGUCGCCGCGGCAUCACAACAGGGGCCGAGUCCGUGCCUCGUUCCCGUAGCGAUGUGGACAUGGAGGACUGCGGGGAGGAGAGGGAGGGGCCGGGCCUGCGGCCGUUACAUCACAGCGCCUCGUCCUCAGCCUCCAGCAGUUCAGCCAGGUCUCUGGAGAACCCCACUCCUCCAUAUACUCCUCGCACCAGACGCAGGAGUGUGGAGCUGCCGGCUCUGCUGCUCCCGGAGGCUCCUGCUCUGGAGGAGGACGUGCCCGACGGGCAGAACUGGCAGGAGACGGUGGACGCGCCCAUCCUCGCCUCGCUCAGCCCGCGCGAGGUCGACUGCCAGGCGGUCAUCUACGAGCUCUUCAUCACGGAGGUGUCUCACCUGCGGACGCUGCGGGUGCUGGACCAGGUGUUCUUCCAGCGCAUGCGUUUGGUCCUCAGCAACGAGGAGCUCACCUGCAUCUUCCCCAACCUGGCACUGGUCUACGAGCUGCACGCGAGUUUAUGUGAUUCCAUGAAGAAGCUGAGGGAGUCCCCCAUUGUGCAGGGUAUCGGUGACGUCAUGCUGGCCAGGUUUGAGGGCUCGGCAGGAGAGGAGUUUCAGGAGCAGGUGUCUCAGCUGUGCAGUCAGCAGUCUCAGGCCCUGGAGCUCAUCAAGAACAAACAGCGCAAAGAUCCACGCUUCGCUCACAUCAUACAGGAAUGCGAGGCCAGUCCUCACUGUCGGCGGCUCCAGCUGAAGGACAUGCUGGUGUCUGAGAUGCAGAGGCUCACCAAAUACCCACUGCUGCUAGAUAACAUCCUCAAGCACACAGAGGCUGGUUCCUCGGACCUGCAGCCUCUCCUCCGAGCGCAGGCCUGUUGCCGUGGGAUACUGCAGAGAGUCAACGAGUUUGUCAGGGAGACGGAACACAGGCAACGGCUCAGCCAAUACCAGCGCCGGCUGGACAUCUCGCAGCUGGAGAGGCAGAGCAAUCCGGUCGCAGCGCAGUUCAAGAAUCUGGACCUGACCACCAGGAGGAUGAUCCACGAGGGUCCGCUCACCUGGAAAGUCAGCAAAGAUAAAGCACUAGAGGUGCACGCGUUGCUGCUGUGCGACCUGCUGGUGCUGCUGCAGAAGGGCGCGGAUGAGCGGCUGGUGCUGCGCUGCCCCUCGCGCUGGGGCGGCGGCGUAGGGAGCGGCAGCGGCGACGCCAAGACCUCCUUCUGCCCCAUCGCACGCCUCGACUCGCUGCUCGUCAGACCCGUGGCCACAGACAACAAGGCCCUAUACGUCAUCAGCACGUCGGAGCGACAGAUCUACGAGUUGGUGGCCGGGACUCUCUCUGAGAAGAACACAUGGAAAGAUCUGUUGGAAAAGACAAUCUCGUUGGCCACGGAGAACGCCGGCUCGACCAAACGGGGAUCGCAACAAACCACCUCCAACCUGGACUCCCCGGGGGGCCCCGUCUACCAGCCAGAAGUGUCGCUGACGGAGAGCCCCAGCUCCAGGGAGAGGGACUCUCCGAGCGACGAGGACAGCGUGCUCACGCCCACCACGCCGGCCGACGCGUCGGCCUCCUUCCUCAGCAGCGACCAGCCGGGAGGGAUAGCGGAGGCAGCUCUGAACGACGUGGAGACCCUCAGGCAGUUAAUAUUCCGCGACCUGGACGACUGCUGGAGCCAGGACACAGACAACACGCCCACCAACGAGACGGCCAAUGAGAGAAGCCCGUUCGCAGACGGACAGCAGCCUGACCCCGUCCAGCCUGCCGAGCCUGCCGAGCCUGCGAACUCUGACGGCCCCAAUCAAUGGGAGUCUGAGGAGGCAGCAGACGGCCCACCGCCACAGGUGGAGUCGCCCACGGUGAAAGUUAUGCGGAAAGCUGUGGGUGCGGGUUCUCCUUCUCUUCCUGACGACAUCACUGAUGAUGUCAACAUCCACUCCAGCCAAUCGGCAGAGUCGAGAGGCAACAUGUUCUACCUGGUGAUGCCUCAAGACUCGCCGGCUGGCUUUUCAGAGGAAAGCAGCACAGAUGACGUCACUCGCCCACCGUUACUGGAGGCGACGUCGUCACCGCAGCUGAACUCCGAAGAAAGUUCCGGUGAUAUCACCUGCGUGCCGCUGACCAACGACCAGCCCGAGAGCCAAGACCCGCCGCCGCCGCCCAGCAAGGACGAGUUGACGAGCGCCCGCCAGUCGCCCGUGACCGCCCGCCGGCACGUGGUGAAGAACGUGGACGAGAUCUUCCACACCAUCGGAGAGCUGAUGAGCAAACUGCACAAACUAAGGGAAAUAGAGGCGGCUCACUCUCAGCUCCUUACAACACUAAACAAGCCCUCCCCAGCCAAUCAGACGUUAACCGACGGCAGGCCGAACACGCCCACCGUCACCAGGACACCCUCACUGGACCGAGGGGCAUCAAGGGACGGAAAAGAGGGAGGCCCCGUUGAACCCAGGCAGCCUGAGAUCCAGUCCACGGGCUUCUGACACUACACUGGACACACACACGCACACACACACAGAUGGAGAGAGAGAGAGAGACUGUUGGACUGGAACUCCAGCUACCACUUGUAAUCCCAGCCCAGACCCAUUUUCUACCCAGCAUGCCUUGCACCAGGAAGCAGUAUCCUGACCGUAAACUUGUGUGUUGUUCCCUUGUCACUCACGCUGGCUCGUCAGAAGGAGAAUAAUGAAAGACAAACUCUUGACUUUACAGAAUCAUGGGAAAUGGGGGGGGGGAUGCUUUAAAAGUGACUGACAGGGUUAAGUAUAAUAAGAGAGAAACUAAAGACAUGAUUUGAAGACUGAACAUUGGAGAAGAGAAGAAACGUGAAAGAGAAAAAAAACAAGUGUUUGAAGAAGGACUUUCGAGGAAGUACUGUGGUAUCUUAAAUGUGUUGAAGAUGUUCCAAAGUUGGCAACGGUGAGAAAGAAGGAAGGACUGAAGUGUGAGGAAGAGUAAAAGGAAGAACAAACUGCAGAGAGCAACUGUUGAAAAGAGAGAAAAUGAAGGUUGAUCUGAAAUAGUGAAGAGAACAGACUAUAAACAGCAGAACUCAAAGAAGGCUGACAGAGGAACGACUCGAACGAACUUCGCCUUGCCCUACCACUACACCCCCUGACACACAGACACACACAUACACAGUCACACACACAUUCACACAGUCACACCCACCCACCUCCCAGCACUUUACCCAUAACGCAUCUGUAUGCCAUGCAAAGCCUCCGCCUUGUAGCAGAGACAAUUGGACAGGGAAAGCGCCACAUCCGACUCCCAUGUUGGCUCGCCUACCCCCCACUGUGAUGCACCCACUUGCGCGUACCUAAGACUUGAGCCAACAUGGCGCACAGAUCCAAAAUGGCGGGCAGAGCCAAAAUGGCGGUGGCCUCCAUCACUGGUUGCCUUAGUGUACGUGUACUGCUACUGAGGCCUGAAGGAACAGUCUGAAGAAGGAAUGAAAUGAAAAAAACAAAAAUGAUCAGGUUCUUUUCUUUGCACGGUGACUCCCCUACCUUUGGGACAGGGCCUGAUGAGGACUAGGACAUUGCAUUAACCACAUUCAUCACAUCACAGUAUAUGUACAUACACGCUUUUUUUGGUGUGUCAUUAUUGGAGGGAGGAGAGAAAACAAAACACAAUGAAGGAAAAGAGAUUCUGUCUGUUCAUAUUUCGUUUUUUUUUUUUUUUAGUUUUUGUUUUGUUUGGUUUUUUUUCAACUGAAGGAAUGCCAAUGCAGUCCCCUGUCUUGUCGCUAACACAAGGCUGCUAAAGGCUGGUUUGGUGUCCAUGGCGACUCUUCCCCCCCCCCACCCCCCACCUACGCCCCUGGCACCACCCCACAGCAACACUACUGCGCUGCUCUCUACUGUACUGUUGUGCCGACACCAGCGUCAUUCCACACUGACGUAUAGAAAGACUUUGUGACGCUAUUGUCAUAAGAACGUCGUACACUAUUUAUGAACUCUGUCUGACGUCGACAACAAAGACGUAGAAAAAAAACGAGACCCGAAGAAAGUUGCAAAAAAAGAAAAAAACAUCUCAUCACUGACUGCACCCCCAACUUCAGAACAGACGACUCAACUGUAUGUGUAAAUACUGUGAACACUGAUCCCAGGCCAAGACCCCAACCCCCAGCCCAGCCCACCCCACCCACUUCAACCUCCAGACCUUUUCACUACUGCCCUCGAUCCCAGGCACCAGUCUGGAGGCUCACGGGUACACAAAGGGACAAGGACUCCUAAGACUGGUAUCGCGUAACUGUAGAUUUCCACGGAGACGAGACAGUCUCCCACACAUAUUUAACCUUAUUAAACAACAAUGAAAAAAAAAAAAAAAGAAAUACAUUUACGAUGGAAGGAGAAUAGGGUGGAAGAUGAGAGGUGCUUGACAGAGAGUGGGAAUGGUGGUUAUUGGGGUAUGAGCGGAACAGACCGGAAUUCCAGACUUGGACGAGGACUAGGGGAGGUCCAUUUGGAUCAAUACUGCACAUCUCAGGGGGAAAACUGUAAGGCCCUCUUUUCUCAUUUUUCUUUUCUAUUCAUUCUUCCUUUUUCUCCCUCCUUCAUGUUGUACUGCCCUACCUGCUGUUCUCUUCACCUCCUCUUCCUUUCGUCUCUUACCUUCUUUCUCUGCCAUGAGUCCUUUUUUCCCUUUCUUUUCUUUCUUUCAUGUUGUUUCUCACCUCCAUUUUUUUAAUAUAUAAAUAUAUAUAUAAGCUGCACAUGUGAAUCUUGACUUGGUGCGAACUACUGUGAUCUUACACAUCUCUACUUAUUAUGAUUUAUAUUAUUAUUAUUAUUAUUAUUAUUAUUUUAAAUCUUGCCCACUCAUGUAAUAUAGAAAAUCACACCUUGUUUUAUAUGUUCAUUUCUGUAAAGUUUUAGUCCUUUUUUCAAUUUUAUUUUUGUAGAUAUGGAUAAAGAUGACAAAAGAUGUGUAAAUUAUUUUCCCUCCCCUGUUUUUAAGAAAAACAAUGGUGAGGUUGUUAGCCGCACAGAAGGAAAACUGAACUCGUGUUAAAGACUCAUUUGUUUUGUGACAUUAAAAAAGAAAAAAAAAUAUUUCGGGAAAAAA